CCUCUUCUCUAUCCACCUCUUUCUCUCUAUUAACAGUUUAACACCAUUUUAUUUAUUAGUUGGUUUAAAUCAAAAUCAAUUCUUGAAACCUUUUUGUCUGUGAAAAGUGAAAACUAUUAAACCCAAAAGAAGAAGGAGUGGCCACCACCUCCAACCCAUUCCUCCAAGAAACAACAAGAUUCCCACAUUACAGCAAAAAAGAAAAAGCAAAAAGUACCAUAACCAAGUCACCACUCACCAACCAUUUCAAUUUAAUUUUUCUCUUUUUAAAUAAUAAAGAAACCCUAACUUUUUUGUUCCCUCUUCAUCCCCAACACCAUUACACACCACCACCAUUUUUAACAGCAAUUGCAGCACAAUGCUCCAUUUUCCGACGAAACCCUAAUACCCAAAUUUCCAACCCGCAAAUCGAAGAACCCUGAAAAAUACACCAAGGUAGCUGCAAUUGGCCUCAAAUUUCGAUUCAAACUUGCGAGAAGAAUAGUGGGCACGUUCCAAAAUCCUACAUUUUCCGCCUCUUUCCCGAGAAAAAAAAAAUAUUUUCCGAGCUGAGAGCAGAAAAUGUCGCACAUCGACAGCGCUCCUUCGACGCCAGGCAAGGUCAAGAUGGAGAAAUCAUCGUACUUCUUCACGCGCGGAGGCGGCGCGCGUUGGCACUACUCGCUCGCCAAGCUCACGGUCUGGUCAUUCGCCUUCUUGGCCCUCAUCUUGAUCUUCUUCCUCCGAUCGCCGGCGCCGUCGACGAUCACCUCCGCAGCUGACCCGUCGCGCCGGUCAUUGAGGAACUACAAUUGGGGCGGGUCCGCCUGGGAGAAGAGGGUACGGGCCUCGGCCCGGGCCCGCUCCAGCAAUGGACUAACCGUAUUGGUAACCGGCGCUGCCGGUUUCGUAGGGACCCACGUCUCAUCGGCGCUGAAGCGCCGGGGAGAUGGGGUCCUCGGCAUUGACAAUUUCAAUGACUACUAUGACCCUUCUUUGAAGCGUGCGCGGCAAGCUUUGUUGGAGCGCACUGGUGUGUUCAUUGUGGAAGGUGACAUCAAUGAUGAAGCUUUGCUGAGGAAGCUCUUUGAGGUUGUUCCAUUCACACAUGUUAUGCAUUUGGCUGCUCAAGCUGGUGUGAGGUAUGCUAUGGAGAACCCUGGCUCUUAUGUGCAUAGUAACAUUGCUGGUUUUGUUAAUUUGCUUGAGGUUUGUAAGAGUGUGAAUCCACAACCUGCUAUAGUUUGGGCUUCUAGUAGCUCAGUUUAUGGGUUGAACACUAAGGUGCCAUUUAGUGAGAAGGAUAGGACUGAUCAGCCUGCUAGUUUGUAUGCUGCGACAAAGAAGGCCGGUGAGGAGAUUGCACACACCUAUAAUCAUAUAUACGGGCUAUCGUUGACCGGGUUGAGGUUCUUUACGGUUUAUGGUCCGUGGGGUAGACCUGACAUGGCCUACUUCUUCUUCACUAAGGAUAUAUUGAAGGGAAAGCAGAUAGCGAUCUUUGAGGCCGCAAAUCAUGGGACGGUUGCAAGGGAUUUCACAUAUAUAGAUGAUAUUGUGAAGGGUUGUUUGGGGGCGUUGGAUACUGCCGAGAAGAGCACCGGGAGUGGGGGGAAGAAGAGAGGGCCGGCGCAGCUGAGGGUGUUCAAUUUGGGGAAUACUUCACCUGUGCCUGUUAGUGAACUUGUGAGCAUUUUGGAGAGGCUGUUGAAGGUUAAGGCAAAGAGGAACAUCAUGAAGUUGCCGCGGAAUGGGGAUGUGCAGUAUACCCAUGCGAAUAUUAGCUACGCGCAGAGGGAGCUUGGGUAUAAGCCUACAACGGAUCUGCAGAGUGGCUUGAAGAAAUUUGUUCGGUGGUACCUGAAUUACUAUUCUGAUGGGAAGAAAGCUGUUGAGUGAUGGGAUUCUUUCGACCGUGUGGCAGGAUCUUUUGAAUUCUUGUUCAUUAUGAUUCUUGUGAUUGUUCCUUAGCAUUUCUCUGUUUGUUGCACGAUCACCCAUGUUACAUACAUGUCGAAGAUGGCAUAUGAAGAGGGAAAUUUGUUUCCUGCACUAAGGAAAUUUUGUUGUUGUUGUUGGAGAUUUAUGCCUGGGCAUCAAUUUGCAGUGUCAAAGAAAACACGAAACAUCACAUUCUUCUCUUCUAUUCUUUCGCCCUGAAUGUAAUUGUUGUAGUUUUAGAAAAAAUGUAGCAUUUAUGACUGAUAGAGCAUAUGCUGAUUGGUGGCGGUGUAUAAUUGUUAAGAAAGCUUAGUAAAAUCACACAAUAGUUUGAUUUCCAGUUCUCGGACUGAAUGAAUCAAUAAGACAUGUAUUUUAUUUGGAUAUGUAAUUUUUCUGCUAUAAAUGGACUCCUGUGUUGAUAA